GAAGUCCCCUCUCAAAACCCUCGCUUGCUAUUCCAUAUGCCACAAGAGCCAUGAGCGCCGCCAGCUCUGACUCCGCUAAAAUCGCCACUGCCUCCAGGCGCCCGUUCGAUCCCUCCCUUGCCGACCCGUCGCGGCCUUCCAAACUCCAGCGGUCGUCCCAGUCAGACAUCUCGCCGGCGGACGCAGAAGGCGGCGAAGAGGCGGGAGCCGAAAGCGAGGCGAUGGCAGGCGCACGGCUCUACCGGGCGCAGCGAUACCUGGUCGCCGUGGAGUACGAUGGUACACGCUUCUCUGGUUCCCAGCAGCAGCCGAACCAGCGCACUGUCGUAGGCGUCCUCGAGGAGGCAUUUCAUAAAUUCAUUGGGCAGCCCGUCUCAAUCUUCUGUUCUAGUCGAACGGAUGCAGGUGUUCAUGCUUUGUCAAAUGUUUGUCAUGUUGAUGUGGAGCGCAUAAGUAAAAGGAAGCCUGGUGAAGUGUUGCCACCUCAUGACCCUGAAGUUGUAAAAUGCGCGGUGAACCAUUUUUUACAUAAGAAUGAAGGUGACAUAAUGGUGACUGAUGUUCGUUGUGUUGCACCAGACUUCCAUGCUAGAUACAAAGCUCUAGAACGCACAUAUCACUAUCGUUUACUUUCUGGGCCUGAGCGACCAUCAAUCUUUGAGAAAAACUCGGCUUGGCACAUACCUGAGGAUCUAAAUAUACAAGCUAUGAAGAAAGCAUGCAAUAUACUUGUUGGGCAUCAUGAUUUCAGUUCAUUUCGAGCAUUUGGAUGUCAGGCAAAAUCUCCAGUGAGAACUUUGGAUGAGCUGACUGUUACAGAAGUAUUUCCUGUCAUGUUUUUUCCUUCAAGCUUAGAGCGAUCAGAGAUGGAAUCACCAGACGGGUCUCUUGUUUAUUCAAGGGCAUCAUCACUCAUGGGAUCUUCUGGAGAAGGGUCUGAUGUUUCUAGUACUAGUGGAAAAUCAGCAUGCGAGAAUGGGCAAGAAUUUGGAAAGAGAUUAAGGCACCGCUGCUUUGUUGUUACUGCAAGGGCACAGUCUUUCCUUUACCACCAGGUAAGACUGAUGGUUGGUCUUCUGAAAGCUGUUGGAAUCGGAGAUCUAACAACUGCUGAUGUGGAGAGAAUUCUGGAUGCAAAGACAAUGACUGCUGCACCUCCUAUGGCACCUGCUUACGGGCUUUACCUUGACAAUGUGAAAUAUGACCCGAUUGUUUAAAGAGUGAUUUUGAGCUCGAGUUUUGUUAGCUAUUUGAUAUGUAGGGUAAGUUGUUUGAAUUAAUGGAUAAAUCAAGUGUCGACAGAAGAUCUCACAAAGGAACCUUGCUUGUCAUCUUUUGUUCAGAAUUAUGUGUUUCCCAGAAUAUACUUUUGUGAGAUGCAUUUCUUAUUGUAGCGAGCUUCUACCAUGUAUCCAGAGGGUCAGAUAGUUAGCCGAGUAACAUUCUGGAUACCUGAAUAGGGGGUUGAAUGACUACAUAUCGGGAAUAAAUUUUUGCACGUUAA